AUGAAGUUCAUCGACGGAUUCUGGCUUCUGAAAAAUGGCGUAAAGCCUUAUUACGCGUUGCAAGUCGUCCAAGCAACCGAAACCAAAGAUAGCUAUCUACUCCACGUAUCGACGAAACCUAUUCGCCAUCGUGGAGAUACUUUGGGUGGACCUCUUUUGAACAUUCGUGUUCAUGCACCCUCGGAAGGUAUCAUUGGUGUAAAGAUCGAUCAUUUCAAGAGUUCCAAUCCUACACCUACCAUCCCUCUCUUUCCAGAUGUUGCUCCCACAUCCAAGACAUCUAUAUCCAAGACGGAGCAAAUCCUGAGGCUUGAAUCCGGCGAUCUUAGUGUGGAAAUUACUUCCAAUCCGUAUACUCUUACCUUCAAAUCUCCAAAUAAAACUCUCGCUUGCGCCGGACCUAAACACCAGGGAAUAUUCGACGUACCGUACCAAUGGACGCUUAACUCUGCAUCAAGCAUGUCCUGUAUGGCAAACGACUUCAGUUCAAACCCUAAUCCUGGUUCACCUCCUUCAUUUGUGCGGUAUGUUAAUUCGGAGUUCACUAUCUCUCCGGGAGAGCUAUUUUACGGCCUUGGAGAGAGAUUCGGAGCAUUUGUAAGGAAUGGUCAAAGCAUAAGCAUCUGGAAUCAAGAUGGUGGAACAUCAAGCGAUCAAGCAUACAAAUGCAUCCCGUUUUAUAUCUCGAAUCGUGGUUACGGAGUAUUCGUUAAUCAUCCUGGUGAAGUCGAGGUCGAAGUCGGAAGUGAAAAAGUCAGCAGAGUCGGUUUCAGUGUUGCGGACGAGUCCUUGGAGUAUUUCCUCAUUUACGGAGAAACACCUUUACAAAUGUUGGGGCGAUACACUCAGUUGACGGGCAGACCCGCACUGCCUCCGGCUUGGACCUUUGGUUUAUGGCUAUCGACAUCUUUCCUGACAAAUUACGAUUCGAAGACUGUGUCAAGUUUCCUACGGGGUAUGCAAGAUCGUGAAUGCAACGUCCGUGUAUUUCAUUUUGACUGCUUCUGGAUGAAGCAAUAUGAAUGGUGCUCCUUCACCUUUGACCCGGACAACUUCCCUGAUCCAAAGCAGUAUCUUUCGGAGAUAAAGGCUAAAUACAACGUUAAAGUCUGUGUAUGGAUAAAUCCAUACGUUUCUCAGCUAUCUCCUAUAUUUGAUGAAGCAGUUGAGGGUGGCUUUCUUGUCAAACGAAGUGACGGGACGCCGUGGCAGUGGGAUCUUUGGCAGCCUGGGCUUGGAAUCGUUGACAUUACGAAUCCCGGAGCUCGAGACUGGUACGCUGCGAAAUUAAACGCUCUGAUCAACCUCGGCGUCGACUGCUUCAAGACGGACUUUGGAGAGCGCAUCCCCCAUGCUAACGUCAAGUUUUUUGACGGCUCGGACCCGAAACGCAUGCACAAUGCCUACUCUGUCAUCUACAACGAACUAGUCUUUAAGCUAUUAGAAAAGCGGUUUGGGAAAGAUGAUGCGGUAGUCUUUGCUCGAGCUUCGGCAACAGGAGGGCAGCGCUUCCCAGUGCAUUGGGGUGGUGACUGUGAAUCUACCUACGAAGCUAUGGCUGAGGCAAUGCGAGGUGCACUGAGUCUGACUUUAUCGGGAUUCGGCUUUGCAUCUCACGACACCGGCGGAUUCGAGGGUACACCACCUCCGGACAUUUACAGUCGUUGGGUCGCAUUUGGCUUGUUCUCUACCCACUCUCGAUUGCAUGGUUCGGGCUCCUACAGGGUUCCAUGGGCCGACUACGGAGAAGACGCAGCCAAGACACUUGCAAAGUUCGUCGAGACCAAACACCGGCUCAUGCCGUACAUAUACAACUAUGCCAUCGAGGCACAUACGCAAGGCCACCCCUUGAUGCGCGCUAUGUUCGUAGAAUUCAUCGAGGAUCGUACAACUCACCAUCUGGACCAACAAUUCAUGUUAGGACCUUCAUUGCUCGUAGCCCCGUCUUUCGUACCUGAGACAGAAGAGACCGAAUAUUACCUACCCUCGGGUCGUUGGACCUCAUUCUAUCAUCCGGAACGCGUAGUUCAAGGACCUGUCUGGAUGAAGGAGAAGAUAGCGUUAGAUGAUAUCGCCCUAUGGGUGCGCCAAGGAAGUAUAUUGUUACUUGGGCCGGAGAAAAUGGGGAAACCAGACUAUGCUUAUGACAAAGAUCUGGAAGUUAGACUCUACGAACUCGACGAUGGCAAGAGUGCCGAAGUCAGUGUUCCCAGUGGGGAAGCCGCGGACAUAGCUGGAGUCGUUAGAGCUGAGAGACGUGGAGACGAGGUUACGGUCUCCGUCGUUUCGGGCGAUGUCAGCUUGAAGGCAGUGACUGCUUAUGUAUUGGGCAUGAAAGUUGAUGGGUCGGCGGAUAGAACGAUUGCAGCUGCAGAAGGCUCUAAAGAAGUUAGGCUCAAGUUGACACCGGGAUGAAGGUAUCAGGGCCCUACAUUUUAGGAACU